GUACAUAUUGUUUUUGCUCGGAGUAGUUAAUACAACUGUUUUCCUUUUCAUAUUUGGCAUCAGGUUGUGCAAUUUUGUCUGUUCCUUUUGGUGUUAUUAGCAACGCGUUUUGUGUUUAUUGUGCGUUUCGUUUUGCCUUGUGUUUUAACUGUGCAAUAUUAGUGCACUUCACAAUGCGAGCGCUGCGCAAAUCAAAAAAGUCGCAUUCGUGUGUGUGAAAAUUCAAUACAAAUUGCAAAAAGCAAGCGACAACCGAGUAGCAGCAGCAGCGCAAAAGUGAAAAAUGUGCUUGGUGGAGCAUGCGGAAAAUAAGCAUAAGCUCUCGACCACAAACACACUAAAACAACAAACAACACGGUCGUCUUCCCUAGCAUUUUGCUCCAAAACCAAUACUGGCGUCCUCGAUAUAAGCACGCAACACCAACAACUACAACAACAACAUCAACAUCAGAGCCUGCUUUGUAACAGCACAACGCCCACAUUUAACGCCAAAUAUAGGCGAAAAUGCUUACUGCUGCUGUCGCUGCUGCUAUUUCAUGGCUGCUUCAGCGGCUUACAUAGCGCCAGCGCCUACAAUUGCACUACAAAUCCUUGCCAGAACGAUGGCCAGUGCCUGGAUGGGCAGUGCAUCUGCGCCGAAGGCUGGCAGGGACCUGCCUGUCAGUUCUGUGGCGGAAAAGUGCGGAUGUACCAUCCCAUGGGCACCAUACACGAUGGCUGGGGCAACUAUUCGGUGAGCGUCAAAUGCAGCUGGUUAAUUGAUGCACAUCAUCCCCACUGGGGUCGCCGUCACAAUUCGAACCCGUCGCGUGCCGCCAAUAUACGCAUUCAUCUGCGUGAAUUUGCCACAGAAUGCGGCUGGGAUCAUUUGUAUAUAUACGAUGGCGAUAGCGUUGAUUCGCCGCUACUCGCGGUCUUCAGCGGCCUCAUGUACCGGGGCAACUUUUCCAUACGCCGUGUGCCGCAGGUCAUCGCUAGAUCGGGCACAGCGCUCCUCCAUUUCUUCAGCGACGAUGCAUACAACAUGUCCGGCUUCAAUCUGACGUACAAAAUGAACGGGUGUCCCACGGAUAGUGAUGAUGUGGAGUGCUCCGGCCAUGGAACGUGCAGUGAUGGUGACUGCCUGUGCGAUCCCAUGUACAGAGGGGAGGCCUGCAAUGUGGCCGCCUGUCCGAAUAACUGCUCAGAGGCGCGGGGUUACGGCAUUUGCAAGAUAGAGCAGGAGCGCUGUGAAUGCAAUGAUGGUUAUGGCGGCGACGAUUGCAGCCAGCUGCGGGCACACGGCGUUUGGAGUACGGUACAUCCGAAGCACUCGGUGGCGCCAUCGGGCAGCGCAUCACACGGCGCCGCAGUUUGGCGUGACACACUGCACAUCAUUGGUGGCGAAUCGUAUGGGCGUGGCGAGCUAAUGAGCACCUACGAUUUCAAUGGCAAUGUGUGGGAGACAAUGCAUCCGGAGGAUGGCAGUGCCACGCCCGAGAAACGCUAUGGCGCCUCCACAGUGAUGUAUGGCGAUAAGAUAUUCAUGUACGGCGGCGUCAUUAAAUCUCAGGGCAUUACCAACGAGCUGUGGGCGUUCGAUGUGUCCGCCAAAACGUGGGAGAACAUCACCGUCAAGACGGACACAUGCAACAGCACGUAUUUCAUGUGCGGGCCCCUGCGUGUGGCGGGGCAUACGGCGACUCUGGUGCCAGGUUUCGGGGAUAAAAACAAUUAUCAGUAUAUGGUGGUAAUAUUUGGGCAUUCGCCACAGUAUGGCUAUCUCAAUACCGUACAGGAAUUCAACUUUGCCACACGCGAAUGGAAGAUCGUCCAGACCUACGGCUAUGUGGUUAAGGGUGGCUACGGGCACAGCGCAGCCUACGAUCUGCUGACCGAAAAGCUUUAUAUUUAUGGCGGCAUUGUGUCCGAGAGUGAUGCCAGCCAGGUUUUGAGCUCCCGUCUGUUUGCCUACGAGCCGUCAACGCGCAUCUGGACACUAUUGUCGUCGGCGCCCAGUGCACGGCUGCUGCAUACGGCCAACUUUGUCAAUCCCGGUCUGAUGAUGGUCUUUGGCGGUAACACGCACAACGACACCUCGCAAAGCUAUGGCGCCAAGUGCUACAGUCAGGAUUUACUCAUCUACGAUGUCUAUUGCGAUUCGUGGCAUAUGCAUGUAAUGCCCGCACAUCUGCAGGCGGAUCUGGCUCGGUUUGGCCACAGCUCGGUGGUGUUUGAGGAUGCGCUUUACAUAUUUGGCGGCUUUAAUGGCCAGCUGCUGAACGAUAUGCUGCGCUAUGAGGCCGGACAGUGCAGUUUCUAUACCAAGCAGGAGAAAUGCACCAGCGCCCGACCCGGCGUCAAGUGCAUUUGGGAUGUACAGCUGAUGCGCUGCAUCAACAUAAUGCGCGUACAACGCUUGGCCAUUUAUGGACGGGAGCAGUACGAUUAUGUGGCCUGCCCGUCAAAGAGCCGAAAUACCAUGACCUCGGAGCAUCUACAUCAUGUACUACGCUGCCAGGAGAUAAACACCUGUCAUUCGUGUGUUUCGACCGUCUUUGACUGCACCUAUUGCGGCAACGGUGUGUGCAGCAAGGAGCGCUGCCGUGAGACCACCUCGGUGGCAUCCAUAUUCUUUACGGACUCUUCAAUCUCCACACAGCAUGGUCGUCAGCAGCCGGCUAUAACGGUGCCGCCGCCACUGAACGUCAAGCGACUGGAAAGCUGCCCCGCUACCGAGGAUAGUCUGGUGCAAUCCAAAUGCGAGCAGCUGCACAGCUGCCGCGCCUGCAUGGCGAAUGCGGCAUGCAAAUGGGAUGCGGAACCGAAUCGCUGCCGCAGUCACAUAUCCGCCUCGGGCACACCCUACAAUCGCAGCAGCCACGACGAGAGCCUAUGCCGGCCAACGUGCUCCACACAAACGAAUUGUCACAAUUGCACGGAGGAUGAGUGCAUCUGGUGCCAGAACGAACAGCGCUGCGUCGAUCGGAAUGCGUAUACGGCCAGCUUCCCAUAUGGCCAGUGCCGUGAAUGGACAACUUUUACGUCCAAAUGCCGCUCGGCGCCAAUAACAGCGCUGAGCGUGGGCAGCACCACAGCGCUGUCGAGUGCACAGUGCGGCUACUAUAAUAGCUGCCAGCAGUGCUUGGAUGAUCCGGCGUGCGGCUGGUGCGACAACGGCUCCAACACCGGCUUGGGCAAAUGUGUUGUUGGCGGCGCGUUGUCGCCGUACGAUCAGACCGAGUGUGCAUUGAAACACUGGUUCUUUACGUCAUGUCCACGCUGCAAUUGCAAUGGACAUUCGUCUUGCAAUGAUCAGGAGCACUGCGAGCAGCCGUGCAGCAAUCUAACGAUCGGUGCACACUGCGAGAAAUGCCGCACUGGAUACUGGGGCAAUGCGAUCAAUGGCGGUGAAUGCCAGCGCUGCGAGUGCAAUAAUCAGGGCGACUAUUGUCAUCCGGAUACGGGGAAAUGCUAUUGCAACACCAAGGGCAUUGUGGGUGAUCAUUGCGAGAAAUGCGAUUCACAGAAUCAUUAUAUUGGUGACCCGUUGCGCGGCUCCUGCUAUUAUGAGCUAACCAUUGACUAUCAAUUCACAUUCAAUUUGUCCAAGAAGGAGGAUCGUCAUUUUACGCAAAUCAAUUUUCGUAAUUCGCCGGCGAAGCCGGAAAUUGAUGCGGACUUUACCAUUACGUGCAGUGUGCCAGCCAAAAUGGACAUUUCGGUGAAGCGUGCCGGCUUCCCGGAACGCCUUAUUUUGGUGGGCAUCAACUGUUCGACGUUCCGGCAUCGUUUCGCCAAAACCGAAUAUCCCUUUGGUCAAUCCGCAGAUGACAAUAGUUCGCUGACAACGUUCUAUGUGUUUGUGCAUGACUUUCAGCCGCCCAUUUGGAUACAGAUUGCCUUCUCGCAAUAUCCCAAGCUCAAUCUACAGCAGUUCUUCAUUACCUUCUCCUCCUGUUUUCUGCUGCUCCUCCUCAUGGCCGCGGUGCUAUGGAAAAUCAAGCAGAAGUAUGACAUGUUCCGGCGACGUCAGCGUCUGUUUGUCGAAAUGGAGCAAAUGGCCAGCCGGCCAUUCUCACAGGUUUUGGUUGACAUUGAACCCCGCGAUACAAUUGAUUUGAGCCUGACGCUGGGGGGCGUCAGCAACAUGUCCAAGAAACGUAAAAAGGAGUGUCCCAGUCCCAUUGCCCUGGAGCCCUGCAAUGGCAAUCGAGCCGCAGUGCUCUCGCUUCUAGUCCGGCUGCCCACGGGUGGCCUAUCGCACGCGCCUGCCGGUCAAGCGGCAGGACUGGCCGUGGCGAGCGCUUUAGUCACGCUUGGGAAUCCGCGUCGGCCGUCAGUCGAGCAGCAUCCCAAGGAGCCAAAACCGAAACGCAAGCAGAGCCAGCAUCCAGACAGUUGUACAUAAUGAAAUACAGUUUACACGCGAUAAUAAUUAUGAUGAUGAUGAUGGAUGAUAGUGUGUACAAUUAGAUGAUAGAACCCUAGCGAAUAUGCUCCAGAUUUUCUUUAUCUAUAUAACACACACACAAACACACACGCGCAGCUAGUAAGUUGAUAAUCCGCAGCUAUUAAUACUUUAAUGCAAUUAGUCUAAUAAACCCUUAAAUGAGCGAUACGAGAGUACGAUGCAAAUAAUAAUAAUAAUAAUAUUAAAAUUAUAAUAAUUAAAUGAUUAUUAAUAAUAACAUGAUAAUUUUUAGCAAAAGGACAUAUUUAUAUACGAGUUAUAUACAAUUUGAUAUAGUUGAUAGGUCGUCUGUAGCGUUGCAAUUAGUUGUAAAUGUUUUAUUUAUUAUUUAUACAGUAAAAUGAAAACUAAUUUUUAGCAGCUACAGCUUCAAUUUUUAUUUUAUAUAUAAAUAUGGCUUAAGUGUGUUGUUAGAAUUUAUUUAUGCAAUUAAUUAUGUGUUUUUUUAUUGCGUUUUUGCUAGUUACCACAAAAAAAGACAUUUUAUUCAUUUUAGCAAAAGCCGUAAAGAAAAGUGAUCUUUUAACACAUUUGAGAAAACAAAAACAAAUUGAUGAAUGUGUGCAAAAAUCUGCUUAAUACUGUGUUCAUACAAAAUAACAAUACACUCAACAACAAAAAAAGAAAGAAAAAACAACAACAAAUAAAUAAAAGUAUUUUGUUUCUGUGCAAAUAUUUACAACAAAGAGCAAAGAACGAACAAGAGCAUGAACAUGUGUCUGUAAAUAUAUACCAUAAAUAAAUAUAUAUACAUAUAUUCUAUACGUAAAUUAUGCAGCCUAUAUAUGUAUAGUACAUAGAGCAAAACGCGCCCAAAACAAAUCAGUUAUGUAAUUUAGUGUAUGCAACAAAAUUGUAUUAAUAAAUAUAAAUAAAAAAUUACAAAAUUUUC